AUGCGCUCAUGUGGGUCCCCAUCUCCACCUUCUUCAGCCCUGGUCAAAAUACCCUGUCUGGCACCAAGUUGGACUAUUCCUGUUACUGUGCUUGUGGCGCGCGUUCUCAUCUAUCCAUCCUGGCUCCUACAGCAUCCACCCUCACGAAGCAAGCCAGUGGAAGCUUCGCAACGUCUUAUCAUCUCACAUGACUUUCAACUGGAGGGUCAUACUUGA